UUUGUUUGUGAGUUUCUUAAAGGCUACGAACCACACUUGGUUUAAAAAUGCUUGGAACUUCCCAAACUGGCUUUACUUUAUGUUAUACAGUGCUCAGGGUUAAUGCAGUACAUCCAUGCCAUUGCUGUGGGAGUUAUCCCCGGAUGCAUGUGUUUUGAGUCUAUAAAUAUAGCAAAUAUAUAUUGAUUUCUUUUUCCAACUUAUUAAAUAAUAAGUUUAUUAAAGCAUGAAAUGAAAGGUUGCAUAUCAUGCAUUCAGGUUCUUUUCUAGUUCUUGUUCUGACAGUGCAUGUCUUUGAAAGCAUGCGUAAACAAGAUUAACACAGAAGUCAAGUAACGGAGAGAAACAUUUGUAGGUGUACAGCAUUGGUUAUUGCAUUUUUCUAGUGUUUAUACCUGGGUAUUGCUUCUAACCCUGCAAAUCCCUUUCCUCCCCACCUCCCCAUUCUCUGUGCCCCAGGUUUCUUGUCAAGGUAAUGAGGACAUACUUUUUUUUUAUGAUAAAACUCUUAAAAGUUAAUUUUAAUGUAUUAAUAGUAUUCCUAAUGUGCUGCAAAAUGGCUACAAGCCUGCUUUUCUUAAAAUUACAUUUUCCUUAACUUAAAGAUAGUUUUAGAAAGAAGUACAAAUUGGCUUCCAUCUUGCAAGCAAUCUUUUUUUUACUUCAUUAUCUUAAUUUGCUUUGUCACUUAUAAAAAAGGAAACCGUACUUGAGUUGUAAAUUAGACAAUGAGGAAACACUUGAGGCUUCUGCUGUAUGUUUAUUUCCUGUUGUUAUUGUUGUUACCCAGUAACUUGAAUAUUGUUUAAUGUGUUGUAAGACAUUGUAGAGUUUAUCUCAAGCUGUUAAAAAUGGUAAUGUACAAAUGUGAAUAGACACUUAUCUAUAAUAUGGGUAAGUUUUGUUUUGCCUAUAAUAGAUGUUUAUAAAAACAAGUGAGGGGACAAUUGGUCUUUUUGUUUCCUUUUUUUUUUCUUUCCUUUUUUUUGCUUGCACAGGUUGCACUAUUGAAAAAUUGAGAUUGUAUAAACCUGGUCAAAAGCUGCAAGAUAACCACAGUCUUGUAGAUGUCAAAUAAAAAGUUAUUAUACUAACCAGAAGUGGACUCUUGUUUAGGCCCUCACCACCUUCAGAAGUAGUCUGUGAUGGGGAUUCUGCAGAACUUGCGUGUUGCUCAGCAUUCCAGCUGGGAGCGUCCACCCGCCCUCCACUAGUAUGGCAACAUCCUCACAGUACCGCCAGCUGUUGAGUGACUAUGGGCCACCAUCUCUAGGCUACACCCAGGGAACAGGGAAUAGCCAGGUGCCCCAAAGCAAAUAUGCUGAGCUGCUGGCCAUCAUUGAAGAGUUGGGGAAAGAGAUCAGACCCACCUACGCAGGGAGCAAGAGCGCCAUGGAGAGACUAAAACGAGGCAUCAUCCACGCGAGAGGACUGGUUCGGGAGUGCUUGGCUGAAACGGAACGGAAUGCCAGAUCCUAGCCACCUUGUUAGAGUGGAAGGUUUUCCAUCUUCUUCCAAGACAAGAAGUUACAGUUCGUCUCCCCUGUUCAGAUGAAACUCUUGUUUUCAAAAUGGUAACAGUUUGGUUUCUCUUCCUCGAACCCCUCCCAGGGUUCACCAGGCUCUGAACCUACGGUCUUUAAGAUUGAGAAAAGAUUUUGCAGUUGACUAGGAUUUACAUUUUAGUUAGGAACUACCUAGGUUUUUUUUUUUUUUUUUUUAAGCAUUGGUUCAAAAGAUGCACGUAAGUUACCUAUCUUACAGCAAACUCUUGUUGGCCUCCAAGAUACCACUGUCUCGCUUUCGUCUUCUCUUGAGUACAUUUAUGUUAGCCAGAUUGUUCUCUGUUCCUUUCCACAAGCUCAUACAACUCUAAGGGAUUUGUUUUUAGUGCAUACUGACAGCACGCUUUUCUUAGUAGCUGGACGGUCCCCGUUUGCCAUACAGUGUCGAUUCUGCUUAAUGUAACUUCUUUUUUGCUUAAGCAUUUGCAUGACUAUUAGUGCUUUGAAGUCAAUUUAAAAGAUGCACAAGUUAUAAAUACAGAAGAAAGAGCAUCUACCCAACCUAACAAGGACCCUGAACAUUUCCCUACUAAGACUGUCUGUAGAUUUCAGUUCUGCCUUUCCUGUAAGUGGAUCCAAAUAUCUGGAAGAAAAUGACUAGAACUGUUUGCAUCUUUGUAUGUAUUUAUUACUUGAUGUAAUAAAGCUUAUUUUCAUUAACAAUUUGUAUUAGGAUGUGGGUUCCUUGAAUUC